GGCCCCAGAAGUCGAUCAUACUUCUCUUUCCUCUUCCUUGAGCUGCUUUCUGUUCCCCCUUGCGUGUUGUCUAGUGUUUUUAUUUAUUUUUUUUCUUUCAUUUUUGUGUGUCCGUGGCGAGAACAGGCAGGGAUGGCGGAGCUGGAGGGCCUGGAGUUUGGGAAGUCAGACUUUGUGCUCCUGGAUGAGGUGACGAUGGAGCAGUUUAUGGAAAAUCUGAAGCUGAGGUUUGAGAAGGGACGUAUCUACACCUUCAUCGGAGAGGUGGUCGUCUCCGUCAACCCGUACAGACAAAUGGACAUUUACGGGAAAGAUACAAUAGACGCGUACAGGGGCCGGGAGCUGUACGAAAACCCUCCUCACCUGUACGCCGUGUCCGACGCUGCCUACAAGGCCAUGAAGAGACGGGCCAAAGACACCUGCAUUGUCAUUUCAGGUGAAAGUGGGGCAGGAAAAACAGAAGCCAGUAAAUACAUCAUGCAGUACAUCGCAGCCAUCACAAACCCGAGCCAACGGGCGGAGGUCGAGAGCGUGAAGAAUGUGCUGCUCAAAUCCAACUGCGUGCUGGAGGCCUUCGGGAACGCCAAGACGAAUCGCAACGACAACUCCAGCCGCUUCGGCAAGUACAUGGACAUCAACUUCAACUUCAACGGCGAUCCCACCGGAGGCCACAUCAACAACUACCUGCUGGAGAAGUCCAGGGUGGUGCAGCAGCAAGACGGCGAGAGGAACUUCCACUCAUUUUACCAGUUACUGCGUGGAGGCUCAGAUGAAAUGCUGGAGUCAUUCCACCUGCAGAGUGACCCUUCCCUUUAUGCCUUCACCCAAGAAGGAGCUGCAGCCACAACGUCCAACAACGAUCGCUCGAGCCACAAAGCCGUGAUGAGCGCACUGGGUGUUAUCGGCUUCUCACAGGAGGAGAUUUCCUCCAUCUAUCAGAUCCUCGCCUCCAUUUUACUUUUGGGCAAUCUGCAGUUUGAGAGUGAUGGUGAGAGCGUUCAAAUCGUGGGACUAGACGCUGUGCAGCACAUCUCUGAGCUGACGGCCACCGAUCUGGAAAGCGUCAGUAAGAGUCUCCUGUACCGAACCGUGGCCACCGGCGGCGGAGAGGUCAUCGAGAAGGGGCACACAGCACAGGACGCCUGCUUUGGAAGGGAUGCGUUUGCCAAGGCUCUCUACGAGAGGCUUUUUGGCUGGAUCGUAAGCCGCAUCAACGGUAUCAUCGAAGUGAAAGACUACAACCCAGUGCUUCAUGGGAAGAACACUGUGAUCGGAGUGCUGGACAUCUACGGCUUUGAGAUCUUUGACAACAACAGUUUUGAACAGUUCUGCAUCAACUACUGCAACGAGAAGCUGCAGCAGCUUUUCAUCGAACUCAUCCUCCGACAGGAACAAGGCGAAUAUCAGAGAGAAGGCAUCACCUGGCAACACAUCGAUUACUUCAACAACCAGAUCAUCGUCGACCUCGUGGAGCAGCCCCACAAAGGCAUCAUCUCCAUCCUGGAUGAAGCUUGCCUCACUGUGGGAAACGUCACCGACACAGUCUGCCUGGACAGCAUGGACACCAAACUGGCCCAGCAUCCUCACUACACCUCCCGCAAGCUCUGCCCCACCGACAAAACCAUGGACUUUAAGAAGCACUUCCGCAUUCGCCACUAUGCCGGAGAUGUCACAUAUUCCGUCGAGGGCUUUUUGGACAAAAACAAGGACCUGCUAUUCCAAGAUUUCAAGCGCCUCAUGUACAACAGCGCCAACCCGGUCCUAAAGGAGAUGUGGCCAGAUGGUCAGAUGAGCAUCACAGAGGUCACCAAGCGACCUUUGACUGCAGCCACCAUGUUCAAGAACUCCAUUGUGGCUUUGGUUGAUAAACUGGCCUGCAAGGAGCCGUACUACGUGCGAUGCAUAAAACCCAACGAGAUGAAGUCGCCGGUGCUGUUUGACGACGCCCGCUGCCAGCACCAGGUGGCCUACCUCGGCCUGCUGGAGAACGUGAUGGUCCGCAGGGCUGGCUUCGCCUACAGGCAGCCCUACGCUCGCUUCCUGCAGCGGUAUAAGAUGACGUGUGAGUACACUUGGCCGAACCACCUGAUGGCCUCAGACCGGGAGGCGGUGGAGGCCAUCGUCAUCCAGCACGGCUUCCAGGACGAUGUGGCGUACGGACACACAAAGCUGUUUGUUCGAACUCCGCGGUCUCUGUUCACGUUGGAACAGGAGAGGGCCGCCCUCAUCCCCAUCCUGGUGCUUUUCCUGCAGAAGGUGUGGCGUGGGGCGUUAGCUCGCAUGAGGUGCCAGCGGAUGAGGGCCAUCUACGGCAUCAUGGGCUGCUAUAAGCGCUUCAAGGUCAAGGCUCACUUCUGGGAGGUGGAGCGGAGGUUUGCUAAUGUGCGAACUAUGGCGGACUACGGAAAGAGCAUGGAGUGGCCGACGCCGCCCGCAGCUCUGUCCCAGUUUCACAACAUCACAGUCAUGCUGCAUCGCAGGUGGUGGGCGAGGCAGAUCGUGAAGAACAUCCCUCCGUCUGACAUGCUGGAGGUUCGGGCCAAAGUGGCAGCUCUGACGGCCCUGAGCGGAGAGAGGAAAGACUGGGGAGUCAGCAGAGCCUGGGAGAGGGACUACCUGGCAAAUAUGCGAGACUGUCCUCAGACCAGCUCCGGCUUCGUCCGCAUCGCCAAGGAGCUCAAGAACAAGGACGAGUACAGUCAGGUCCUCUUCUCGGGCUUCUGCAGAAAGGUGAACAGAUUCAACAAAAGCACAGACCGAGGCCUGCUCAUCACAGACAAGUACGUCUACAAAUUAGAGCCGAAGAAGCAGUACAAGGUUCUGAAGAGGCUUCCUCUGGACUCUUUUACAGGACUGAGCGUGACCACGGGGGUUGACCAGAUGGUGGCGCUACACACGACCUCUCAGGACGACGUCCUGCUGUGCCUGCAGCAAGGCGAGCUGUGCCCCAACCAGGACCGAGUCGGGGAAAUGGUGGGAUCGUUGGUGGACUACUUCACACGUAUUCGAAAGGUCCCGUUUCCCGUGAAGGUCUGCCGCUCGUCUCUGCAGCUUCACAUGCGAGGCAAGCCCAAGAGCGUCACCGUGGAAACCAAACCCGGCCAGACCAACGCCGAUUUCAAGAAGAGUCGGGACGGCUUCAUCCUCCUGGUCCCCGCUAAGUAGCGUCUGUCAGAAAUAUUUUCACCAUCUGUACCUGAAGCGAGGUCUGAGUCAGCUUCUUUUAAAACGUCGGCGACACCGGGACUUUGUUUGUUUUUUCGUGAAAGCAGCGUCUUUCGUGGACGUUUGAAAGGUUUUACACAAAGGUUUUAAAGUAUUAACUCAGAGCAGAGCAGAGCAGAGUUGCUGGCUGAGUUCUGCUUUCUUAAUCCUGAGCUGCAGGGAUUCAAAGUUCACCGGACAAAGACGAGAACUUUUGGAAAUUGAGACUUUUUUUUUCUUUUUUUUUUUUUGUUACAUCAGUGUAGAGACUCAGGACACAACCGCAAUACUCACAUGUACCUUACUGCUCUAGGCUUUUCUAAUAGUUUAAUAUUUUUGCUUUUUUUUAUAAAGCAUUUGAAGAUUGAGUAUAUGCACUUUUUUUAAUGGCAAGUGUAAACAUUCCAGAUAUUCUUUAUAUUCUCAUGCAAUUUUCUACAUAACAGCGCAAGAAGUAGUUUUUUAAAAUAAAAACAACAAACUGGAGGAAAAUAAAUUAUUCAAGGUUUAA